AUGUCUGACGACGACGGAGCGCCGGCAGUCAAGCCAAAGAAAGUGCAACGAAUAUCUCAAGCAUGCGAUCUUUGUCAUCGUCGAAGCAUCCGUUGUCGGCCAAGCAAUGAGAGCCCCAAGAGUCACUGCCAGAACUGCUUUGACUUUGGUGUUGACUGCACGUACAAUCGGCCCUCGAAGCGGCGACGGAAGUCGACAGGCGCAAACGUUUCACCAAUAGUCGGUACAGAAAAUCAUCGAGCCAGUACCAAUACGACACCAACCUCGGAUGGCGACCCUGGAAACAAAAGCGUCUCACGGCCAGCCACGGAAAUGAUCAUUACUCCUGGCAAUGUCCCGGACUACACUGGUGCCUAUGGACUCGUUCGAGCUGGGAAGCCAGCAGACGCGACUGGAGUAGCGUGGAGGGCAUUCGCGCUUGCUAGCGGCCCGACCAUCGAGAGAUACCUCGAGAUCUUCAUGGAGGUUCUGUAUCCAUUUGCGCCCUUCUUCCAUGGGCCUACAUUAUGGGAGCGAGUUAAGCGACGCGAGUAUCUAACAGACCCUGGAUUCCUCGCCUCGGUGAUGGCUGCUUGCGCCUUUGCAGCGUCCAGAGCCAGAGACGGUGCCGCCGAAGGCCGCUUUACCCAUACCGACACCCCGGAGAAGUUGUCUGAGAUCUUCUUUGCGGCUGCGGAGAACAUCAUUGACAGAGACCUGAAACAAGCCAAGAGUCUGGACUGUCUCCGUGCCUACGGACUACUGACAAUGACGGCUAUGCAAUAUGGCUCGGUCGGUGCAAUGCAUCAGCAUGUCGGCACGUACACGACGCUCUGCGCCAUGAUGCAUUUCCACGACGAGGAUCGCUGGCCAGGUGGCAUUUCGCCGGUUGAGAGGGAAGAACGGCGGCGACUUUUCUGGUCCAUGUAUUGUCUUGAUGUCUUCAUUUCUGUUGUCUUUGACUCCAUCAUGAAGUCACAAGAGACGCUAUCUAACGUCAGAUAUCCGUACGAAAUCGACGACGAAGAUUUGACCACAGAAGGUACCGCUGCAUACCCACUGAAUGAGAACAACUGGUUACACGGCUUCAAUUUUGUGACAGAUUUGUACCGCAUCCUGGAGCUGACCAUAAAGCGCAUGAGAGGGAUCCGGGACGUUCGAGAUGAUCGCAUGUCUAUAACGCGGCUGCUGAUUGUAGAUGGCAUACCAGAAGAGCAGAUUAUGGAUAACGUGAUUCGGAUCUAUCACGAGCUCCCGCAGAUUUUCAAGGCCUAUGACUUACCUCUCUCAGGAGACAGGAGGCAGAACCUCAUAGGUUCUCAGGCUGCAAAUAUUCAGGUGACUCUUCAGCUUGUGCGCAUGACGGUGUUCUCGACAAACUCCCAGCAAAAUGUCAAUCAGAAGUGCUGCAUUGCCGAGCAAUUCCUGGCAACAUACCAUGAAAUUGCCCAGCACCAUCUCCGCGCCAUUAGCAUACCGCUUAUUCACCACCUCGGAAGUAUUGGAAGAAUACUGUCAUCGGUCAUGGGAAGUGUACUUUGUGAGGAAACUUAUAGCCGUGUUCGGAGCUUGCUGGUAUCGAUGGCCGACCUUUUGCAGAACGUCGAGAGCGCCCUCCAGCCUACCGCUGGAGCGAGCGGCGAGCUUCGUAAGCAGAUCGAGAAGAUUGACGGGUACAUGGAGGUCCAACGG